AUGUCUCUACAAACCAAAACGAUCGUCCCUUCUCGCUACAUCACCUUCACAAUCCCAAAUCCUUCGAUUCACCAUCACUACAAUGCUUCUCAUCUCCGCAUUGCAGUUCUUGAUUCUUCGUCCCCUUCAGGACGCACUAAAUUUGGUGUAAUAGUGGUUCCGGUAGGCCUAGAAUCUGACUGGGUUUAUUCAACUUUUGAAGGUCAUCUUCAAAUCCUACUUUGUCACACUGACUUCUAUCGACUUGUUUUAAUUGGGAAUUCGCCGAACCCAAUCAACCCCACUUCGCAUAGUCCCGUGAUAAAUCCAAAGGAUCAAUCGGUUAUUCAGCGUGCUUUUAUUCGGCUUCUGAAUGAUGAAUUGAAACCGUCUAAUCAAAGCUCUACUGUUUGGUUUUCGACUCGUGUAGAUAUGGUGAUUCGGAGUUUGGUGUUGGGUAGAUUUUUCGGGAAGAUUAUUGGGGAAAUGUUGAUUGAAGAUGUGGAAUGGAAACUAGAAAAUGGGGUCGGUACGGAGUUUAGAAGAAGAAUGAGAUUUAGGAAAUCCCCAUAUCUGUUUGAAACUUACAUGAAGAUCCAACCCAAUAAAACUGAUUUUGUUAACAUGGAAGAUGUAGAAUUCGAGAUUGUUGAUGAUGGGGUUUUAAGACCUUCAUAUUUGACUCCAAUGGUAGCUGGUUUGAGAGUAAACCACUUACUCUUGAACAGGAAAAUUCAAAAAGGGAUAAAACCAACAGCUCUCUGUUUAGGUGUUGGAACAGGGGCUCUGGUUGCUUUUUUAAACUCUCAAUUAGGAUUCAAAGUUUUAGGGAUUGAAACAGAUAGUAUUGUUUUGGAUGCUGCUAAGAACUAUUUCGGAUUCGAAUCGAGUAACAACUCGAGAUUAUGCACUGGGCAUCCAUUAAAAAUGGCUGAGAAAUUCGCUACUCAAGUUGAAACAGAUGGUUUCCAUGGUUACAUUUUGGAUGAUGGAGAGUGUUUGAAUGAGUUUGACGAUAAAUUCGAUGUUGUUAUUUCGGAUUUAGAAGCUGCUAAUCCUUCUGUAGUAAUGAAAUCUCCUUCUGCAGAGAUACUUCAAAAAUCCAUGCUGAUGAACAUCAAGAAACUGCUGGGAGUCAAUGGGGUUUUGAUACUCGACGUGACGAUUCCAAGGGAGAGAUAUUACGACGAAGUGAUUACUCCGGUGAUGGAGGUUUUCGGGGAGAUGUAUGAGAUCGAUGUCGAAAAUGAAAAAUACAGUGUUGUUAUCGCUGCUUCAGAAACUGAAUUUGGGGCUUUCGAUCCAAGCGAGAGCGAGUUUCUAAAGACGUUGAAGAAAGUAACAGGAUCUUUUCCUGAGGCUGUGAAACCGGUCUCGAAGAAACGCUGA